GCCCCUCCUCUUUUUGCUCCACAUGGUCUUCCUUUGAUCUCACUCCUUUUAUCUUCUCCUCUUUGCGAGUUAGAGGAUACUUAAAGAUGGCAGACGAGGUUUUUGACAGUAGGAACAGUCGUGGCUCUUCCCGUCCAUCAUACGACAGAGGAGGUGGGUAUGGAGGUUCACAUCAUUUUGAGCUGCCACAGGAGCCUCCAUUCACAGCCUUUGUGGGUAACUUACCAUUGAAUACAGUCCAAGGGGAUUUAGAUGCCAUUUUUCAAAAGUUAAAAGUGAAAGCUGUAAGACUAGUACGCGAUAAAGAAAGUGACAGAUUUAAAGGUUUCUGCUACGUGGAAUUUGAAGACGUUGAAUCGCUGAAGGAAGCACUGGAAUAUGAUGGAGCUGAAUAUGAUGGUAGACCCUUAAAAGUUAAUGUUGCCGGUAGCAGAAGUGGGCGUGGUGGGAGAGGAGGGCGUGGCGGUGGAGGAAGAGGAGGGCGUGGCAGAGAUUACGAUCAGCCCCACGGCUACCAAUCGGGCCCUCCGAUGGGCGGAGGAGGGUAUUCUGAUUAUCGUGGUGGGAGGAGUGGCGGAGGAUACAGAGGGGGAGGAGGAGGUGGUGGGCGGGGCCCCAGAAGAGGUGGGAGGGACCGUGAUCGUGACGGUAGGGAUAGGAGAUACCCAGAAGACUUUAAAGAACCAGAUCCAGCGGAUUUGGUCGGUCGUCCGAAACUAAACCUGAAGCCUCGGACUGUCAACAAGGCUGUGGUGAAUGACCUAGCAGACACGGUUAGCCGUGCAUCCAUAUUUGGCAGCGGACGUCCACGUGACGAGAAAGCUUACGAGGAAAGAAAGAGGAAGGAGUCGGAAUCGUCUGAUACUCCUGCUGGCGGUGAUCAGAGUUGAACUUUCCCUCCCUCCCUCUCUCUCUCUCUUUAUUGAUAUUCAUUUAUGAUAUACCAUACACAAGAUGACACAUGAGACGCAUGCGAAUCGUUCACACUCUGUCUAUUUGUUAAUAAAUUAAUUAUUAAUUAUUAUUAUUAUAUUAAAUUUAAAAUAAUCCAAUUUGCUGAGGUGCUAGC